GCGCGCAGCCGCAGCCAGGCGAGGAGAAGAUGGUGCUCAUCAAGGAAUACCGUGUGGUAGUGCCAUGCUCAGUGGAAGAGUACCAGGUUGGCCAGCUGUACUCUGUGGCAGAAGCCAGUAAGAAUGAAACAGGAGGAGGGGAGGGCAUCGAGGUGCUGACCAACGAACCCUACGAGAAAGAGGGAGAGAAAGGACAAUACACACACAAGAUCUACCACCUCAAGAGUAAAGUGCCAGGGUUUGUGAAGAUGAUUGCACCAGAAGGAGCCUUGGUGUUUCACGAGAAAGCUUGGAACGCCUACCCCUACUGCAGAACCAUAAUCACGAACGAGUACAUGAAAGACGACUUCAUGAUAAAAAUCGAGACGUGGCACAAAGCAGACGACAUGGGGAACCAAGAGAAUAUCCAUGAGCUGGAUGCAGAGACAUGGAAGACUGUAGAGGUGGUGCCCAUUGACAUUGCAGACAAGACACAAGUAGAAGCUGCGGACUACAAGCCCCAUGAAGACCCAGCCCUCUUCAUCUCUAAAAAGACAGGCAGAGGUCAGCUCAGCCCAGAAUGGAAGACCGAGCUGGAAUCCAAGCCGCAACACCCUCGGAUGUGUGCCUAUAAGUUGGUUACAGUCAAGUUCAAAUGGUGGGGCCUUCAGAGCAAGGUUGAGCACUUCAUCCAUAAGCAAGAGAAGCGUAUCUUCACUAACUUCCAUCGCCAGCUGUUCUGCUGGAUUGACAACUGGUACGGACUGACGAUGGCCGACAUCAGGAAGAUGGAGGAGGAAACCCAGAGGGAGCUGGAGGAGAUGCGUCAGCAGGGUUCUAUACGUGGCACAUCGGCAGCAGCAGAAGAGUAGCGCCCCCCUGUGGCGCAAGUACAUUGAGGAAGUCAGGACAGGUACGCGGCAUGAGCGCAGCCCACGAGCAGUGAGACGCAUGACGGCCACCACGGCUCCCAACACACCCAAGACUCAAACGGAGAAGCUGGCCAUUGGUGUGUGUGUGUGUGAGAGUGUGUAUAUAUGUUUGUGUGUGUGUUUUGCUGGUUCCAGCUCUUGUAGUCUUGUCAUUGUGCAGGCAUUGCAGGGGCUGUACCAUGAGUAUAUUGCACUAGAAGUGAUUUUAAUGUAUUUUAAAGAGAAACGUCUGAUGACCACAGCUAGAUGACAUUAUUGAAAUGUUUUUAUGUGUUUAUUUUCUUUUCUUUGUUUUGUUUGUUUUUUUUUGACAUUUUUAUCUCUUGUAAUGCUAUUCCUGAAUGAUACGUCAUCAUCUCAGAGUCAUAGCAGGGGGUAGUAGGGUAGGUUCAGUGCAGGGUCCAGGCCGUACUUGAUCAGACCAAGGUCACAGACGGGGUCACAGACGGGGUCACAGACUGGGGAUACCUGACGGCCCUGAACAGACCUGUAUUCUACACUCAGAAUACCCGACACACUUGUACACGUCUAGACAGAGAGUAACGCACGCCGGAAAGCAAAACAUACACUAGGUGCUGACCUCUGGUAAUAAACUUGAUGAAAAUGAUGCAAACGCACAGCUAUAACUUUAUCCAGUAGGACGUACAUCGAACUCUGGAGCCAGAGUUUGCAACAUUUUCUUCUUCUUUUUAAACUUGUACUGUACAUGUCAUCUACACGUGGAGUGCCCAGUGAACGUUUACAUUUGACCGUCCGGUUGGCCCUGUGGGUGACGUCAGGAUAUCGUCAGUGCACUUGAGCUCUGUGACUGGCCAGCUCGGGUGCUCUAGCAGAUGUCUGUGUUUUAGGAGUUCUGUUGAAGAUUGGUCCCAAAUUAGCUACAGUCUGCAAAUGUAUUUAAUGAUUUAUUAUUUUUUCAUUCCUUCCAUCCCUUUGUAUGUAUUUCACCAGUUGAGUUUAGCACACACACACACACACACACACAGUAACAGAUUCUGGUUUUCCAUGAAAGUGUAUGUGCUCAGGGGGUGCGGUUUCUCUUGAUCGACAGCUGCUGUUAAACUGUCACCGCAACAAUGCCGCUAAAAUCAUGUGAUGAUUACCAUGACAGUUAUGCCAUCCCGACUAACCUGUAGCCUUGGUAACCAUUGCUUUAGUAACAUGGGCAUUGACCUGCAAACCCUGUCGUAGUUGCCAGGGUAGCUGUCAUGUGUAAGAUCUGUCAGCUAACCACCAUGCUAAGCUGCUAAGCUGCCUGCAUGAGGAUCUGCUUUUGUAAAAACUUGCAGAAUGAAUGCACAACCUCUCAGAAUGUUAGUUUCUUCGAGAGGAAUGACCUUUUAGGUCAGCUUUUUUGGUACAACUUCUCCUUAGUGACCACAGGGAUGUCUGUGUUUAGUUUGUGUGUGUGUUUGGUUUGUCAGGAUUUCUCUGCUUCUUUUCCUUCCUCUUCGGUAUGACGGGUGAUGGCGGGGGUUAGUGCUUAAAUCGUCUCUUCGGUAGGACGGGUGAUGGCGGGGGUUAGUGCUUUAAUCGUCUCUUCGGUAGGACGGGGGGGGGGGGGUUAGUGUUUGAAUCAUCUCUUCAGUAGAACAGGCGAUGGGGUUAGAUGCUUAAAUCGUCUCGGGGGUUAGUGUUCCCCUCUGCAUCAACUGUCUCCCUCAUCUCCUUCUGUGGUCUCACCUCCUCAUCUCCUCCUGUGGUUUCACCUCCUCAUCUCCUUAACUAUGAACUAGUGAAACACACUCAGCACACAGUGAACACACAGUGAGGUGAAGCACACACUAAUCCCGGCGCAGUGAGCUGCCUGCAACAACAGCAGCGCUUAGGGAGCAGUGAGGGGUUAGGUGCCUUGCUCAAGGGCACUUCAGCUGUGGGGGGCCUACUGGUCGGGGUUCGAACCGGCAACCCUCCGGUUAUAAGUCCGAAGCGCUAACCAGUAGGCCACGGCUGCCCCAAUGUCUCAUCUCCUCCUGUGGUCUCACCUCCUUAUCUCCUCCUGUGGACUCAUCUCCUCCCGUCUCCACCUGGAUGCGUUAGCGUGUUUAGGAUGCAGAGCUGCGCUAGGUAGAUGGUGUUUGUCUGUCUCUCUGUUUGUUUAUCAUGUGUAUAUUUACAAACAGAAUGCGUGGUUCUUCUAACUGGUUUGUAAAUAACUUUCCCAAGAGUCGGAAAAGGGAUGCUAUGUCCCUGCGCACUGCAGGUCGAUUCUUACCCCACAUCUUCAGGACUCCUCAAUGAGAAGGGCUCUUUUGUAAGGUGGUGACCUUUGAUAUGUGUGGUUGUGCCCCCCACUCCCCCCACCGUGUCUGUCUGGAGUGUAUGUGCAUUGUGUGGAUUAAUCCCACAACAAUUCAUCACACACCAUGACUGUAUUCCAAUUCACAUUCUUCUGUACUUACAAUGCCUAAUGUGAGUUAGGUCAUUAGGUAUUGUAAGUACAGAAGUAUGCUAAUUGGAAUACAGCCCUUGUGUCAGAGUCUAGUCAAACCGGCGCACAGGGAUGCAACACAGUCUGUGUGUGUGUGUGUGUGUGUGUGUGUUUUGGCUCACCUCCCUGUGGUUGCUGUACGUCAUGUCUAGCUGCACCAAAUAAGACUGAAGACUUGUCUGGCUCAGGAUGUCAGGCUCACUUUUCUACACUGAAUCCUUAGGCUAGGCUAAGCUAAGCUAGGCUAAGCCAAACUAGGCUAGGCUAGGAGGAACAUAAAGGCCAGUCAAGUCAGCUUUUUAUUCUCUAUUCAUGAUUGAGCACCUGCAAGAUUUUUUAAAAAAACAGGAUGUGUUCAGAUACCUUUUUCAGAUGUAUUGAAAAUCAGGGGAAACUAGUUGUGAAUGUACAAUGUUAUGACUGUCUGUUUAUUUGUAUUGUAAUGUAUUUGGGCAGCAUUUGAGCUGUUACUGAAAGGUCUAGAAAACAUUAAUAAAUAAAAUUAAAUUCA